UCUAAUAUUUUUAGGAUAUCCCUAUGAUAUAUUUUGGACACCUCUGCUGUGUGGGAUAUGCCUUCCGAUUCUAGAGCACAUGGAUGUGCGUUAUUCGACGUUUACAAUCGUGUAUAUCUUUGAAUUAAAUAUGGAUUUUUUGAUGGAAUUUUCGGCGUAUUGCAUUCGGUUGAAAACCCGAAUAAUAAAGUUCUUCGAACAGAUAUGCCGUACCUACAAUGAAGAGGAAGAGUGGUAUCCAAAUGAAGAUCUGUAUAGCAUACAAUGCUACAGAUACAGGAAGCGGGUGCUUCCUUCGACGCCUCGACGACAACAUGAAAACUCUAUUAAUCCGCGAAUGACAUAUGUAACCAGACGAGUAAUAUUGGCUAUACGAGAACAACGAGAACAGGAUAAGAACGGUCAAGAACAACAAUCAGAACAACAAGAACAACAAGAAAAACGAGAAACGGAACACAUUUCAGAACAACCCAAAAAGCUGGCCGAAGAACGCAGUUAUAUACCCAUCCUUAAGCGACCACUGGACGUAUUAUUUGCCGACGAUAAUUGGCCUCAAUUUAGUAAGCUGAGCUUUUUAUAAAACGCUUAAGUCCCCAGGCAGUAACGAAACGUGAUUUUCACGUCAGUUUUUGGUCAUUCGUGACGUCAAUUAUUCUUUUAUAAUCACAUAAUAAUGACUUGAAAAUGACCGGAAUAAGUCACAGCCCACCGACGCAGUGGGCCAGGAGACCAGUAAAACUGGCCAAAAUUAAUAUCUUGUAGAAUAUGUAAACAUAUGUAACAUCGUUACACUUAUAUAAGGUUUACGGCAUCGUUUACUUCAUUUCUGAUGUCAAAAUUUCGAAAUUCAAAAUGGCGGAUUCAAUAUGGCGGACCAAAAUACGAAAAGUGACUUGAUUUGGGUGAAAUUCGAUAUUCGGGAUUCGAAAUUCGUUUUUGGGAUCGCUAAAUCUGAAUCUGAUAUCAUAUUUUUAAAAUUCAAGAUGGCGGAUGCAAUAUGUUGGGCCAAAUGCAAAUAGUGACUUUAUUUGAGUAAAACUCGAUAGUUGAAAAUUUUUGAGGUCACUGAAUACGAAUUUAAAUUCAGAAAUUCAGAAUAUUCAGAGUAGCGAAAUAUGGCGAAAGACCAAAAAAGCCAGCCAGUUUGAAUAUUUUAAUUUUGAAUUGGGAUUCGAAUGUAGUGACUCUGAAUACCUACCAACACAAAUUUUUACAACGAUCAGAACACUUUUAGCAUUUCUAUCCAUUUCUAUCCAUUUUGAAUUCGACAUUUUGAAUUUCUAAAUUCUAUGUUCAGAUUCAAAUAUAACGACCCCGAAAAUCUAUCAGUACCAAGAUGUACAAUGAUCAGAGCACUUUUAACAUUUCUGUCCGCCAUUUUGGACCCGCCAUUUUGAAUUUCUUAAUCCUAAGUUUGGAUUCAAACUCAGCGAUCUCAAAAACUUACAGGUACGAAAUUUCACGACGAUGGGAGCACUUUUAAUUUUUAAUCAUUUUCUUAGAUCUGUUGAUCCAUUGUGCACAGACAUGAAGCGUGUAUACAGUAUCUCGCGAAUAUCUUCAUAAAUUAUAAAUGAUGGCAGCUGGUGACAGCUGAUCUUAUAAAAGACAUACAAACAAACCUCACGGUAUUUCAAAGGUAAAAAUACGCGACGCAACUUUGCACAACUUUUGUUGCAAAGAAUGACAUUGCGGUAAAUUCAGAAACAUAAGUAUAUAAUGUUCCACCGUUUUGUCUGUUUUGUAUUUUUUCCCGUUAUUAUAACAAUUUAUCUAAGUAUAAUGAUAGAUAAGAAGCAGUUGCAGAUUCUUUAUUUGCUGCAAUACAACGAUACUAAUAAAAUAUUGAAAGGAAAUACAUAAGUAUAGUAGUGACAAGGUCAUUUCUACAGCAUUUAUCUCCCAAGAUGGCACAUAUACGCGGAUCAUUUUUGCACAAACUAAAAAGGAGACUUUAAGUUGUAGAGUAGAUAAAGCCAAGGUGGUACCGCGUAGAACUGUUUUUGUAGAUCAAAAAAUGUGUGAAGAGAGAGUGCAAAGUUCGUUACUCGAUUAAUAGUCUAGAAAAUAGUAACAAAUUAUAUUUUCCUUUCUGGUUAAUAAUUGUUAUGGAUAGCUAAAGAGCCAUUAUAAAUGAUGUUAUAAUUAUUCUUUCUUUCAUAUAACUAUUUUACACAAUACAAACUUCCAUAUAGACGUUGCGCAGAAAGAAGAAAAUAGGAUAUUUUAAAUUGUCCAUG